CAGGGAACGUGAUGGCUUACAGACCGAGUCACACGGCUCAUCGACGUGAGCGCGGCCGCCGACUUGACUCCACAAAGACCGGCUGCGUUCACCCCACGUCAUUAUCGCUUUGGCCCUGCACGAGCUAGAGCUCUCAGUACAUCGAGCACACACAGGCUUGGGCCAAUUCACUGUCAUGAUCGCGAACAGCGAAGCUGAAAAUGAGCUGCAGCUGAUGCUGUCACCGUCGCCGUCGCAAUCUGUGAAGGCGACGGGUGUGAAGCGCUCGCGACCGGCCAUUCACGCGUGCCCGGAGCCGGGCUGCACGCGCCGCUUUAACCGCAAAUACACCCUCGCUGAGCACAUCAAGACGCACACCGGUGAGCGUCCGCACGUGUGUCCUGUACGCACGUGUGGUAAGCGCUUCAGUACGUCCGGCAACCUCUCGCGCCACAAGCGGCUGCACGGCUACAUUGAGCCGCUCAAGUGCCCCGUUCAGGGCUGUAUCUGCACGUUUCCGAGCAACAAUAAGCUGGAGAAGCACAUGAAGUUCCACUACGGAAGUGCAGUCAAGGUGUGUCUAGUUCCUGGCUGCGGCAAGACUUUCAGCACGACCGGCAAUCUGAACCGGCACCUCAAACACCAGCACCCGGACCUCCCGGCAGCUCAAACCCAGGCUCAGACUCAGCAGAUGUCGGCCCCUCCGCCGAUCGUCACCGUCCCACAGGUGAUGCCGCCGCAGUUUAUCCUCCGUAGCCCCACGAGCGCGGAGCAGUGGCCCGCUCUCAGUUCGACGGUGCCUGUUUUCAAGCCGCGCGCGACGACGUGCUGGCCGCAGCAGACCACGGUCCAGCAGGAGCUGAUGCUGCAGUACGGGCAACAAAUGCCGCAGACUAUCUUUUCGCCUACGCGGUCGUGCUCGGAGCUGUUUGAGGACGUGUGGAACUCCGAGAUGCUAGACACUCUCGUGAGCGUGUUGCAUGACCCCACUAUUCGUUGUUAAAGGAAGCAAAAGGUAGAAGACUUCACUAUUUAGGAGGAUCUGCUGUCCGCAUUGAUGUAGUAAAUACAAACGUAUACGUUUAGCGUUUUCAGC